AUGAAACGUCGCGAGCUGUAAAACAUAGCUAUGGCAUAAAAAUGAAAUCCACUAUAAUUUACAUAAUCCUUCUUAAUCGGGUUAUGUCGCAGAUUGUUAUUAAUUCAGUGAAUCAGAUAAACGCUUCAGGAGGCGUGACCGAAUCGAAUUUUUCUUUGCCGCAAACGGUGACGAGUUCGGAAACGACUCUAGCGGUGUCGACCGGAUACAAUCUUAAUGCCACUCCGCCCAACGUCCCCGACGAGACGUUGGAAGCACGACGAGAAAAUUACCGAGCAAUCUCACCAAUUUACCCGGUUGAAAAAACGAAUUCCGAUGAAAAAAGUGAUGAAGAAACGUUCAAAUUGCUUUCAUCUCACGAAGGAAAUUCUUCGGAGAGCGGGGUUAAUGAAAAAGCAAAUGAUGAUAUAAAUAAUACAUCGGCGUCACAACUUGUUUGGGACAAUUGUUACGAAACCUCGUAUAGAGGUAACCACCAAGUGAAUGCAAAAGUUCACUACGACAUGGAAAACGCGCAUCGACUCGAGAUUGACAAUGGUGGGAUGUUGAAAAACAGGGAGUUUCUAGAAAAUAACAGUUCACUCGCAGUUAGGAAUUGGCUGGAGAAAUAUAACAACUUGAAGAAUUCAAUUACGGCGCGUAAGUCUACCACGGAGAUAUCUCCUAAUACAAUACCAUCCAAGGAUUAUUUCGACGAGGCUCCAAUGGAUAUCGGCAUGAUCCAAGCGAAUACCGUACAAAUAUUGCCAAUAACGAAAGAAAUUGUUAGAGAUUACGAGUUCUCGGAACCAUAUAACGUGACUGUUGAUGUACUUGUAACAGAAAAUAACAUCAAAGCGAGUUACAACGACGAUUGGUUCGAAGAGCAGGAUAGGACGAAAAUAAAAUUUAGUAGUAUGCCGCAGACACAAACCUAUUUGAUACCGAAAUUCAAACUUGAAGAGGGAUUUCACCCUUUUAGUUUUAUGUCGCAGUUUUUUUCGAAGAUAUAUCCUUUCGAUUUUCCCGUCGGUCUUAUCAAGGAUAUUGUGUGGGGAAAAUUUACAUUUCCAUAUUCAUUUUUACAGUCCAUCAAGAUGGAGUCUACGUUCUUAGCAUUUAUCAUAGCGUUUGCCUGUUUUGCCUUGGUGAUACCAAUCUACCUCCUUAUUUUGGGCGUACUGGCUUUGCUGCCAGGUUCAAACCACGAUGAUGAGUUAGAGACCGGAGCCUUGUUCCCUGAUGCUGAACCGGAUUGCAACGACAAAAGCGUUGUGAUUGUGACGUUCCUUGUUGUUCUGUUGUGUGGGUCACUAAUAUCAGGAAUGGUGCUAAGUAACGAACAGUCACGUAUGGCGGCGGAAGACAGCCGCGACGUGGUUAGUUGCGCCUGCGCAGAUAUCGCAGCCUGGCUUUCUGCUGCAGCGCGAGAGUUGCAUCAGGGGCUUGUACCUCCAAUUGACAUGGUCUUAUAUGCUUACAAGAAUGACUUGAAGAACGUCGACACUCUUUUGGGAGAUCCGAUUCAACAAUCAAUUGCUUCGGAAAGCGGAAUCGAUUUCGUUCUGGAUUCAUUAAUGGAUAUUGUAAUCGAGAGUAAGGAGCUGUCAUCAAAGAUAACAUCACUACGCAACUACACGAUGAAGGCGAGAAGUUUAGCUUCUGUUGCGUCAGACAGGAUUCAGGAACUACGGCGACAGAUCGACAACUUGAAGAAGCUUUGUAACACCAAGGACGCACCGCUAUGUGACACUAUCAAUACAAAUACUCUGAAGUUGCAAAUGCAAUUCGAUUCAAUUCUUCAUGAACGUCAACUAUUGGAACUGCGGGCUAUGGGCGUGGAGAACUUGACACAAGCGAUAUCACAAGCGAGGCAGGAGUUCCAAACCUUACCUUCCGCAAUUCUCGAGCAGACAGAAUCUGUUAGAGAAGAUGUCAUCCGUGACAUAGAAGUUCGUCGUCAAAUGGUGCACAACUCGGCACGAGUGCUGAAGAAUAUAGUACGUCAUUUGACAUCAGGAUUGCGCAGUCUGGCUCAUAAGCUGGAAGGAGGGCUCGAAAGACUGGAGAAAUAUGACUAUUGGCGGUGGAUACUAAUGCUUGCCUGCACGAUAGCCUUCGCCUGUAUAAUGCUGCUCAUAUUCCUUGCUCUGCUCUGUGGCUGUGGAAAUGCCAAAAUUCACGCAAAACGGACAUUACAAGUAUCAUCCCUAUGGUUAUGCCUGGUCUCUCUGAUUUUAUGGUGUGUGAUAUCCGCCACCUUCCUCAUCGCGGGACAUGCCGAGGUAUUUAUAUGUCACGCGUUGUGGGACUCACCGCAGUACAGCACUCUGUCGUCUCUCUUGGACCGGCCCUCACCUCUUUUACAACACAACGAGGGAAUUUUCGAUGUGUUACUACGUGAACUAGAAAAUGUCACCAUUGAAGUUUCCGUCAGAGAUGUUUUGAGGGAUUGCGAGAAAAAUCGUCCGGCCUACGUAGUCUUCCAACUGGACAAGAUGUUGGACGUCAAUAAGGAGACGUCGUACUUCGAAUGGGAGGAACUCCAGGCGGACCUUGACCGGCUGUCAUCGGCCAUCGAUGUGGGCUUUCUCAAAACUAUAUCGUUUAAUUUUAACCGGCUAUUGCACGAUAUACUUGAUAUAUCGGAUGUUAAUAUGACCAAAUAUAGGUUAGAAUACGAUGGUCCAGUGGUAGGGAAAGACCUGCCAUCGCUGAUAGACCAAUUGGAAAACGUCGCAGCACAGGUGACUGACCUCUCUACUGCGGGAAGAUUGGAAACUCUAGCUUCAAGAACCCAAAAAUUACACUCGGCGAACAUAAAACCACUGGAACAGCUGCGAGCGAAUCUAGUCUUUAGGCUGACAGAAUUAGAACUACAGUUGAUUCCAUUUCGAAGGAAAUUGAACAUUUCCCUCAGCCACAUUCAUACAGCGCAGUUUUAUAUCAACAACCAAGGGCAAAUUAUUGCGCAGAAGAAAGUGUCGACAUUUGUGUCCCGGCUGGUGUCGCACACGGCCGGUUGGCGGACACACGUGCUGACCUCUGCCGGAAAACACGCGGGAAAGUGUCGGCCGCUUUUCACUGUGUACUCGGCGAUAAGGUCAUUAUUAUGUACUAAAUACGUCGCUUCAUUGCACGGUUGGUGGUUUUGCGGCGUCCUCUUAGGUAUAUUCUGGUUCACCGCUCUAACACCGCUCUGUGUAAAAUUGUGGCGAUCGUUUGGCAAAAAGAUUAGAGCAUUAGAAACUUUAAACCUCACAAGCUUAAGCAGUCAGCAAGGCACACCAGCUACGGCGGUUUGUGAAGACUGGAGUGCCCCUCCAGGUCCACCACCUCCAAGAAAUGAUAGCUGGUGAAGAUUGAUCCUCUGAAAUCCUUCUUUAUGUUUCUUCUGUCGUUCCGAUACAGCACAAAAUUUAUUAUCACUUCUAUCAAGAACUUUUUAUGGUUUUGCUCGCGAUUUACACUGGCUUUUGUUUCUUUAUAUCUUUGCGUAUGUCUUUUGAAUAAAGUUUUCUUGUUCUUGAA